AUGACGACUAACUAUUUGGUGCCAAACACUAAACCGAUUAAUGGAAAUGUGUUUCAUUCAUUCGAAAAGAUAAAUGAAAUAUUCGCAAAGAAUGACGGUAGAAGAUAUUAUAGAGAACUUGAAAGUUCAUGCUAUGACUCUGAUACUCCAUAUUUUGAUGAUAAACAAACUCAUUUAAGAAUUACAAAUCCGGCUCAUGAUGUGAACCAAUUAGGUGACACAUAUAUUAAACGCAAAGUUAAAGCAACUCUAGUUUCAAAUAAAGCUUUCACAUGUGAUGCCGCUUUUAAAUGCAUGCGUUUAUUCGUUGGUUACAAAUCAUCAAAUCAAAGCUUUAAACAAUUAGAAGUAGAAACCGAAAGAGGUGAUGCCGGUUAUCUUCAGAUGGAUUGCGCCCGUGAAUCUUUCGCAUUUGCAACAUAUAAACCAAAAUCAGAAAGGAAAGUUAAAAAGUUUGUUCAUUCGUUAUAUAAUAAUGUUCAAAAAUAUGAUAACUCAGUAUGUGGUAAAUAUAUUGACCCUUCAGAAGUUUUCAAGAAAGCAAAUGAAGAAGUUGAUGUCACUUUUGAUAUGAUUAUUCCGGUAAAUGAUUUGUUAGCAUUUCAGGCGUUCGAUGAUUAUCCUAAAUCAUUUG